CUGGGUUUUUGACCUGUACUGCAGCCAGCCACCAGGAGGCAAUUGAGAUUCACUGGCUUCACAUUUGGGGGGGCAGUCAGUAUCAUUGCACAUCACUAACAUGCUCGUCACACUCGUUUAUCUGUCACUUCUUUUACAAUCUGGUCUGGCAGUUGUUGUUCAGCAGUCUGGAGAUCAAGUCUCUCGCCCAGGAGACAAAGUGAUGCUGGAGUGCAGCCUGGGGCAAGGGUUCAUCAUGACCAGUUACACCAUGUACUGGUACCGACAAAACCACUACGCAGCUCAGGUGGAGUUUCUCACCAAAGAACACGACCAAAAUUUCUCCGUCUGCAUUAAAAUUCUCCAGCCUCAGUUUGUAUUCAGCCAUGACAGAGACAAAACUGUGACGCUGCAGUGUGAACAAGAUGACAAUCAAUAUUACUACAUGUUCUGGUAUAGACAGAGAAACAGUGGGGAAUUAAAUCAGGUAGCAAGUUCUCCUGGAAAAGAUUCAUCGAACAUUGAGGCUCCUUUCAAAGAAGACAAGUACACCAUGUCAAGGCCGACACUGCUCAACUCCUCUCUGCAGAUACACCCUGUUGAGGCUGGAGACUCAGCUGUGUAUUACUGCGCCUCUAGAAUAGCACAGCAGUUCAGAGAGCCUCAGCAGCUGAACAACAACCUCAGGAACACACCAGGAAGAGAACAGGUGGAGGGGCGAGUAAAAGAGGCUAGAAAUCCAUUGUAUAGAUGGCUGUUUGUAACCUGGGGCUCUCGAUGGAGCAGAAAACAUCAACACUCUGAAGGAGACAGCCAGUGUGACACUGGAAGUGAAGCCUACUUUGGAAAAGGAACAAAACUGACUGUUCUGGAGUUUGAUGUCAAACCACCAGAAGUGGAGGUGCUCAGACCAUCAGCAAAAGAGUGUCGAAACCCUCUGGACAAUGAGAGACAGAAGACCUUAGUGUGUGUGGCCAGUGGGUUCUACCCGGACCAUGUCAGUGUGUUCUGGCAGGUUGACAAUAAAACCGUCACCAGUGGUGUAGUAACGGACGAAGCUGCCCUGCGGGUCGGCAACUCUUACAAAAUCACCAGCCAGCUGAGGGUCUCUGCCGAAGACUGGUACAAACCCGAGCUGAAAUUUGAGUGCUUCGUCAGAUUCUUCAAUGGGACGGAAUAUAUCAAUUCUUCAUCAUUCAUCUCUGGUGAUACAGCUCCAGCUGACGUCCUAACCAAAGAAGAAUAUCUGAGGAUCACAACGAAAGCCAAACUCUCCUACGGUGUGUUCAUCGUCAAGAGCUGCGUCUACGGAGCCUUCGUGGCCUUUUUGGUUUGGAGACUCCAGAGUUCAACUGAAAAGCCGAAAAACUGAGACCUGAGCUGGGAGGAAAAUUAAUGGUUGCUUUAUGUAAAUAAAACUGCAUGAAACAUAGAAGCUGAAUGUUGCAGUGUAUUUUUACUCAUUUAUAAAUCAGGGUGGAUAACAGGUUCUGUGCUUAUUCUUAUCAGUAACUCAAAUAUAUGACUGUAAUCAAGAUAGUUUCGCAUCAGGUUUCUUUAAUUUCUCUGUGUAUUUGUUUUUGGUUGUGAACUAAUUUUUUGCAAAACAUUUUUUCUCAAUAAAAGUCAUUUGAAUCAAUAA